CCCACGCCCGCCGCGCUGCAUUGUGGGCGCUGUAGUCUGCGCGUGACCCGCUUCAUUGUGGGCGAAUGAGCCCAGGCGCCAGUAGGUGGGAGCGAGAACUGCACGCGACCAGGGCUGCUGGCCACGUGUGGUGGAGUGUCACCUUCAGUCCCCUCCAGGGUCCUGUGCAGGCCUGGGUGGAGCGAUGCCCUCGGGCCAGGCAGAGGAGAAGCAGGCACCAGAAGAGGAGCCCGGUCCCAGCCCAGAGCACAAGGCAUGGCCCUGGCUGGUGUUCUUCCUCUGCUUCUAUGGCUUCAUGGCGCAGAUGCGGCCAGGCGAGAGCUUCAUCACCCCGUACCUGCUGGGACCGUGCAAGAACUUCACUCAGGAGCAGGUGACCAACGAGAUCACACCAGUGCUGUCCUACUCUUACCUGGUGGUGCUGGUGCCCAUCUUCCUGCUCACUGACUACCUACGCUACAAGCCAGUGCUGCUGCUACAGGGCCUGAGCUACGUGUGCGUGUGGCUGCUGCUGCUCUUCGGCAGCUCGGUGCCAUAUAUGCAGCUCAUGGAGGCCUUCUACAGCGUCACCAUGGCCGCCCGCAUCGCCUACUCUUCCUACAUCUUCUCACUGGUGCGCCCUUCCCGCUAUCAGCGCAUGGCCAGCUACUCCCGGGCCGCGGUGCUGCUGGGUGUCUUCACCAGCUCGGUGCUGGGCCAGCUGCUGGUCACAGUGGGUCGCGUAUCCUUCACUGUGCUCAACUACGUCUCCCUGGGCUUCCUCAUCUUCAGCCUGGGCCUUGCCCUCCUCCUGAAGCGCCCCAAGCGCAGCCUCUUCUUCAACCGCAGUGCGCCUGUGCAGGGGGCUUCGCCCUGUGAGCUGGACCAGAUGCGCCCAGGUGCGGGCCGGCCGGACCCGCGCGGAAAGCUGGGGCGCGUGCUGCGCACCUGCAGGGACUCCUUCCUGGUGCGCGUGCUGUAUGAGCUGGGGACCAGCUUGCGGCUGCCGCAGCUGCGCCUCUGGUCCCUCUGGUGGAUCUUCAACUCGGCUGGCUACUACCUGGUCGUCUACUAUGUGCACAUCCUGUGGAACGUGGUGUACUCCACCACCAACAGUGCCCGUGUCUACAAUGGUGCAGCCGACGCCGCCUCCACGCUGCUGGGCGCCAUCAUGUCUUUCGCCGCGGGCUUCCUGAAGAUCCGCUGGGCCCUGUGGUCGAAGUUGGUCAUCGCGGCUGUGACCGCCACACAGGCUGGGCUGGUCUUCCUCCUGUACAACUCCGAAACAUUUGUACAACACCCUCACAACAUCUGGCUUUGCUAUGCGGCCUUCGUGGUCUUCCGUGGGGCCUACCAGUUUCUCGUGCCCAUCGCCACUUUCCAGAUUGCAUCUUCCCUGUCUAAAGAGCUGUGUGCUCUGGUCUUUGGCAUCAACACGUUCCUGGCCACCGUUCUCAAGACCUGCAUCACACUGGUGGUCUCCGACAAGCGGGGCCUGGGCCUCCCUGUCUUCUCACAGUUCCGCGUCUACUUCGUGUACUUCCUGGUGCUGUCCAUCAUCUACUUCCUGGGAGCACUGCUGGAUGCACCACUCUUUCUGCACCACUGCCGGUGGAGGCGCCACCAGCCCUUGCCCGCGGUGCAAGAGUUGCAGAGCCCCUCGGAGAAGAAGGCCAUGAAAGCGCUGAGCGUGCAGGCCGGAGACCUGGGUGGCCUGCAGCCCUCAGCUCUGCCACUGCCCCGUGAGGAUGGCGCGGAUGAGGGUGGCGUGAGGGCCCUGGGAGCCGGGACCAAGGCCUGACCCCAGCCUUUCCUAGCGGGCUGAAUGACUCCCAGUUGAGGCAGCACCUCUCAAGGCUCUGGGGUCUGCCGUCCCGACCCUGGCCGGGUGGGCAUCCCAGGCCUGUGUCCACUGGCUCAUUGGCACUCAGGACGUGAACAGUGGCACUGGCCUCCAUGGUCCUGCAGGACAUGUGGUCCUGCCUUGGCUGAGGGGCCUUUGCUGCGGGCAGCCAUGGAGCCCCUUGGCCCUACAUCAUACUCACUGGUGGCUGGAGCCUGGGGGGAACCCUGAGCAGCCACCUUGCCGAUGGACUACACUCCACACAGUGGGCCUGGGCUGCCUUCGUUUGCCAAGAGUGGUUGGCUCUGCCAUGCUGGAGGCUAGCCAGUCUGCUGAUACCGCACACACUGUCCCCACCAGGUCUUAGCUUGCGGGGAGCCCCUUCCCCAGGGCCUGGCUGAACUGUCCCUCCAGGGUGGGUGGGAGCCAUCCAUGGCUUAACUGUGACUGUGCUACUUGUCUUUGGUGCUUGUGUGUGCAGAUGAUGCUCUUGUAAAGAUGUGAAUCCGUGCCUGGCUUCUUCACUGCGUGCGAGAAGCUGCUGGCGUGGGUACUCUGACCUUGCUGUCCCGGCCCCUCAGCGUGGCUCCUGUUUCUGCCAUGGGCUGGCCCUGUCCUGUGUGGAAGAGGUGCUUGCAGCCUGUGGGGACCGAGAGCAUGGCCUCCCUUGAGCUGGGCUUGCCUGGAGCACAGGCUGUGGGUGGGCGGCUUCCCCGGAGCCUGCUUUCCAUGGUGAGCCCGUGCAUUCCUCUGGAGACGUGUGGGCCGCUCCUCAGACACAUUAAACACUGUGAUCCUGCGUGUGCGAUGGGCUCUGAUUCCAGCCGCCUGGCCUGGGCUGCAUGGGCUGCAGUUGUUUGGGCCAGGGACAUGGUUCCCACAUCCAGUCAGCCCACAGUGGGGCCUUGGCCCUCUGCCCUUGGGCCAACCCCCAGCCCUGCUGGCCCAAGAGAAAGUCUCCCGCUCAGAGCCAUCUCAGCACAGAAAGCGACCAGAGCUCCUGGCAGGGGACGGACUUCAGGGUCAGUGUGGAUGGUAGGCAUCCAGGGUCUGUUGAGGCUGCAUAAGGGUGGCCUGUGUCACAGCUGGGGCCAGAGCACUGCACAGAGCAGUGGCCCUCGGCACCCAUGGUCUUGCUGGGAAGGGGGCAGCACUCUCCUUUCUGGCCUGGACACUCAUCACCACACUAGCCCACGACACAGCUGUCAGCCUCAUGGCUGAUGUGGCCACGUGGGGCAUUGCUGGCACCUGUACCCGAGCCCCCUGCACCUCCCAUGGGACCUUCCAUCAGGGGUCUGCACUGGUUCUGCAGCCCUGCUGCCCUGUGCCCUCCACCAGCAUGAGGG